AUGUCGACAAGUAAGAAACUUUCUCGAGAACAAAAGGGGAAGAUGCGUGCGGCCUCGUCGGGAUCUGGUGAUGACUUAGAGACGGUCCGUGGUUCUGAAGGAAGCCAAGAGGCGGUUCAUCGCGAGGCGAUGAUGGAUACAGAGAACUUGAGUCGUGCGCAGCGCGUUCUUAUUUCGGAAUCGAGAGUGCAGUCGCGGAAGGACGACGACGGUCGUGAUCAUGUUGACGAUCAGAUGAUCCCGAUAAGCUUUUAUCCGGGGAACAUCUUCGAGGAGCAACCUCCGCUUGAUCGGGAGCGCGUGCGUCCUUCGGUCGUCGAAGGCCAGGACUGGCGGGGUGGUGUCGAGAAGACGAGGUCGACCGUCGAGUCGGUGACGAGACUCCUACGGGCUCGCGACGCAGCGGGGGUUACGUUUAUAAUCCCGAAUAGCGACCAGCGGCCCUGGUCUCCUCCGAAAGGCUACCAGUGCGUCUACGAGUCGUACUUCGAGGGCGACACGAAGCUGUGGUUUCCGAUUCCUCGAAUCGUCACUGCGUUUGCGAUGCGCCGAGGAGCCGCCCUUAGCCAAUUUCUGAAUGGUGCGUGGCGGCUGGCCGUGGCACUGACGAUUAUCGGAGCAGAAGCUGGUGUUCCUCUCAACGUCCGAGCUUUCGAGGAAUUAGUGUCAGCGAAGAUAAAGGGCGGACUGAUUUCGCUGAAGAUCCGCCCCAACUAUAACGUGGUGACCGGCUACCCCAACAAGACGAACAACUGGCAGCGGUCCUACUUCUACGUCAAAUCUGACAGGGCUGCGUUCGAGGAGCCGCUGAGGACCGGCUAUCGUGUUUUAUGGGCCCGAGAGAUGGUUGCUCUUCCGAACACCGCAGAGUACGAGGAGGACUUUUUGACGAGCGCGCGUCUGAUCGCAUCGCAGAGACAGGACCAUUGGAAUAAUUUUUCCUACCGGAGGAUUAGUCGAUCGAUCGGGUGGAUUAGUCAGCAGGUUUGGCGUUCGGACACGAUCCCCAUUGUCACGAAUAAGACGAAGAGGGUCAAUUUGUUCAAUUCGGCCGAGCAGAGGGAGAUAAACCGAGCAAGAGCGAUGAGGACUAUUCCAAAUUUGAGUUUGGUGGUUGCGAAGAAAGUCGGCUCCGCAAAGAAAUCUCAGCCCGAUACCGCGGGCUCGCCUAAUUUAGGAGAUCCGAGCGCGACCGAGUCGGACGCUGAGGCUCAGUUGGAGAAAGACCAACAAGAAGAGACAGCGCGAAGAGGAGGGCGCGGCUGUCGAGGAAACGAACGUUGGGGCUUCCUCUCCUCAAGGGCAUUCUGGGUCAGAGGGGAGAAGGAAGAAGGCAAGGGGCGAUUCUCCCGCGAUCCGAUCCUCGUCCGUUGA